CGAGAGUCAGAGUCGAGUGUGUUCACGCGCAGGCAGCUGAGGAGCUCUCUCUCUGUUUGCGUAUGUUUACGCAUUAAUGUGCUAAAAAACUGUAUAAAUUACGGAUUUUUUUCGGUUUUUGGAAUAAUUAUAUUAGCGUUUUGUGGAAGUAGACACUCGGUUUAUUAGUUACACCGUAAAACAAGUUUGGACGGAUGUUGGAUACGGUGUGUCAUCGCGUAACGGGACUAAGGGCAGAAAUGGAAGCCGGAAUGUCUCUCAGGAGAGCGUCCAGGGUGUUAGACUGUAUUUGUUUGGGCUUUUGUUAGUUUGUAGAGGUUCAGGUUUGUGUGGUUGGUUUCGGAGACAUUGGAGAAGCUCUCCAUGCCACUUGACCCCGUUUUCCAGAACCGAAGACGCACCUGAGAGGACACCAUUACACCUGAAACACACUCCGAGUGCUGCUUUAUUUCAUUCAGAGCAGUUAAAAGUUUCAUUUAACUAAUAACACACUUCAGAGAAUGAAUAACUCACUCGUUUGGUUUCUGAGAAAGCGCAAUGAAUUCCAUCUGGAAACUUCUCCACAGUGAGUCUCGUGUGUCGUAGCCAUAUAUGGAAAGCGCACUGAAGCUGCUCGACGGGGAGAUCAGCAUGAAAAGUGACAUCCAGGGCUGGCGACGCCACGCGCCGCUCCGGAGCGCGCGGUAGCCGCGGCUUGUCGCUUCUGCGUGUGCGUGAGCGUGAGCGUGCGCGUGACUGGUUGCUGAGAGGGGGCAGAGGUUAGGUGAGCGCGAGGAUGAGCGCGGACCUGGAGCGCGUGUCGCUGAGCUCCUCGUCGGCGGGCUCGUUGGCUUCCAGCGCGCGCUCGCUCUCCGCCAAUGUGCGCAAGCUGCACGACGCGCUCAACUUGCUGCUCAGCGAGCUGGAGCGCGAGCAGUUCGUGCACUGCCUCAACGUGUACCACGCCAAGCGGAACGUCUACGACCUGGUCCAGACGCUCAAAGUGAUCCUCGACGCGCCGAGCAAGCGGCAGCUGCUCCCCAUGCUGCGCCUGGUCAUCCCGCGCUCCGACCAGCUCCUGUUUGAUCGCUACACCUCUGAGGGACUCUAUUUAAAGUCAGAUUUGCUGAAUAGUAGGAACGGGGAGCACGAGACCACCGCCUCCAGCUCUGCUAAUAACACUGCGCUCGCGUGUUUACCUCUGCGCGGAUCCCCUGAUCACCAGAGCACCGGCAGCGACGGGACAUCGACUGCGCUCGUCCCUCUGCUGGGCAGACAUUUCCUACCCGAACCCCCGGGUGAGGUCAGACAGGUGACCCUGAAGCGCCACAAGAGCAACGAGGGUUUAGGCUUCAGCAUCCGUGGCGGAUCCGAGCAUGGGGUCGGGAUCUACGUGUCUCUGGUGGAGCCGGGAUCCAUGGCUGAGAAAGAGGGACUGCGAGUCGGCGAUCAGAUCCUCAAAGUCAACGAUAAAGUGUUCGACAGGGUCACACAUGCCGAGGCGGUGAAGGUGCUGAAGGGCACGAAGAAGCUGUGCAUGUCAGUGCGCUCCAUGGGCCGCAUCCCAGGCGGCUAUGUCACAAAUCACGUGUACACGUGGGUGGACCCACAGGGCCGCAGUGUGUCUCCUCCUCCAGACCUGCUGGAGCACCGCAGUGCUACCCUGAACAGAAACCAUGGCCAACAGCGCAGCCACAUGCAGCUGCUGCAGGACGGAGACGAGAAGAAGGUGAAUCUGGUGCUGGAUGAUGGUCGCUCUCUGGGUCUGAUGAUCCGUGGGGGAGCCGAAUACGCUCUGGGGAUCUACAUCACUGGAGUGGACCGAGGUUCUGCAGCAGAGUGUGGAGGGCUGAAGGUGGGCGAUCAGAUCCUGGAGGUGAAUGGGCGGAGCUUCCUGAGCAUUCCUCAUGACGAGGCAGUGCGUGUGCUCAAGUCUUCCCGUCACCUCAUGAUGACUGUGAAGGACGUGGGACGAUUGCCUCACGCCCGCACUGUGGUGGGAGAGACCAAGUGGAUCGCCAGCUCCCAGAUCACAGAGAGCUCGGCUAGCAGCAGUGUAGCAGGUCUUUCUAUGGAUCAAGGGGCUUCAGCCUCAGGAAAGACGGGUUUUUAUAAAGGAGUAGCCGGUUCUCAGGUGACUCUCUCCAGUCUGGUGAACCAGAGCAGGGCCAUGCUGGAGGAGCAGGCCAGACACCUUCUUACUGAGCCUGAGAGACAGACCAUGAGCUACUACAUCCAGGAAUAUCGCAACGGACACAUUGGAGUGGAACAGCUGGUCAUGGCCCUGUUUGAGCUCCUCAACACGCAUGCCAAGUUCUCGCUGCUGUCUGAGAUGCGGGGGCUGGUCAGUGCACAGGAUCUGGAGCGUUUUGAUGCACUAGUCCUCCGCAGGGAGAUUGAAGCUCUGAAGGCUCGACAGGGAGCAGCAGGAGGAGCAACACUGCACACUGACUCCUUCUCAAUGGUGUCCUACCCCGACACUCUGGCCUCCUCCUCAGGCAGCUACAUGACCAGUACCACACUCAGCUCUGCACGGGAGCGACUGCUGUGGUUGAUUGAUAUGAUGGAGAAUGACAGUGCGGUGGAGACGAAUGGAGAAGACGCCCAGGAGAGUAGAAACGCCCUUCCCGACGUCUCUCUGGAUGAGAUGGGGUCAACCUCAGAAUCCCCACCUUCCUUCAAGCCCCCUCCUCCCCCUCGCGUACAGCGCCGCCCCAGUCGUAAACCCGCCCCCAGCAAACGCCCCCCAUCUGACUCCUCUAACUCUGACCUGCACUUCACCACCCCUUCCCACUCACCUACCAAAGACUACACACAAUCCAAACACCCUCCUGAUGGCCCAAAGAAAGAGCCACCAUUGGCUCAGCUCUCCAUGGUGAGUCAGCACUUGAUUGGUCCUUUCCCGCGUGUUCAGUCCCCCAACAGGUUGAAACCCCCUCCAGCACCGGCAGUCCCAGCUCCUCCUGCUCCUCCUCCACCCUCGAGUCCAGAAAAACCCAAAACCACUCCCUCAUCCCCAUCUUCCAACCAGCACUUUGUCAUGGUGGAGGUGCACAGGCCCAACGCAGAGCCUGACGUCAACGAGGUCCGACCACUUCCCCAGAGCAGAGGAUCCACUCUGUCUCAGCUCUCUGACAGUGGACAGACGCUGAGUGAGGACAGCGGCGUGGACAUUGCAGAGUCAGGACGCCUGAGCAAGGAGAGCAGUCCACGUCCUGCCAGAACUCGGCCACUGAGAGAGAGUGCAGGGGGAGGGGAGGGGAGCGCCAUUAAACCGCCCGGUCUGCUGGAGCCCAUGUCAACUCUGGUGCGAGUGCCGAAGAGCGCCAGCACCCUGGGUAUCGCUAUUGAAGGAGGAGCCAACACACGCCAGCCCCUGCCACGCAUCGUCACUAUACAAAGAGGAGGCUCAGCUCAUAACUGCGGGCAGCUGAAGGUGGGCCAGGUGAUUCUGGAGGUGAACGGGAUCUCUCUGAGAGGAAGAGAGCAUCGAGAAGCAGCCUGCCUCAUCGCUGAGGCCUUCAAGACCAAAGAGAAGGACUACAUUGACUUCCUCAUUACGGAGUUCAAUGUGGCGUUGUAAGACCUCUCAGGCAUUAAAGAGGACAAGAACUGAAACUCUUUUUGGCAUCAAGCCACUACUAGUCCCCAGCAAGCUGAUCAUCUCUUAUCAGAUAUUGUCUGAAGGCGGACACAUUCUCAGUGUAGAUACUGUAUAAAGCCACCUGGUGAACCCCAGCUUUAUCAUUCUGAACAUGGCAAACUGGUACUAGGCACUACUCAGUCUGACAACAACCAUAUCUUUGGAUGAUAUCGGUCUUUACUUGAGUCCUUUUUUACACAGGUCCCUCCCUAGUCAUGAAACAAAUUUCAUUCAGUGUCUAUGUCACAACUUUCAGCUCUUUCCCCAUGUCGGAAUUUGCUCCUUUAACCCUUGUGUUACAUUCAGCUCAGAUUUCUAUAAUUUUAUAAAAGAAUGCACUCCUUGUGACUAUUUUCAUGAACAUGACACAAACCCAAGAUGCAGGCAUUAUAUAUGUUCAGAGUAUUCAGGACUAUCUGUACAGGCAGUAAUUUGAAUAAAUGUAUUAUCGAGAUAUGUGGUUAGACGUCCAUUCCCACCAAAUCAGCUCCUUUUAUUUCCUUUAAAGCCAUAUGGCUCAGGAUUGUCACAAUCAAAUGAAAAUAGAUUUCACAAAAAAGACCUCACAUUGGUAUUUAGUAGUAGACAUGACUGGCUGGAUGGCAGAACUUACAACAAAUGUGUUUCCUGUCUUCUUGUACAGUUCUGUGGAUGUUCCUUCAUGUCUGUGAACCUCCAGGACAUAGUGUUUGUGUAUCAGCUAAUCCGUCAUCUCUGUGAUGGCAGUAAAUUUGAUGAAUCUAGUAUUUCAUUAGAUUUGUUUUAGCCAUUCUAUGUUAAUUAUUUGCAUAAACACAGGUCAGCUGUUGGAGUCGCGUUUAGAAGCCAUAACUGAGAUGUCUGUUGUUCUUCGUGUCUGCCUAGCAUCUUUAUUUGCUCUAUGUAUGUUUAACCACGAGGUGACUUGCUUGUUUGUCUUCAGACUUUUGUUUUUUUAGCAGUGUUUCCACAUACAGUACCUGCCUCUUCCUGAUUCUGCAAAUGUAACCUGCAGUUAUACGAGACAGGGACUCAAGUGCAUAUAAGCAGUGUGUCCUUUAUUUAGGGAAAUCCAUAAAUCGUUAUCAGAGUCCAUUGCGGGGGUCACACCACAGACAGACAGCAACAAACCAGGAUAAAACAAAGUCACAACCAGGAAAUAAUCUACAUAGAACUAGAAAACAAGGCUUGGACUUAGUGAGACAGAAAGGCAUGAUAAGACUUCACCUUGAGACAAAGGAACAGGAUGGUAGAAAUAGAUUAUUUAUUUAUUUAAAUUAUUAUUUAAAGGCUAAACACAGAACAGGUGCACACAUUCGGCACACAAUGGCAGAUGGGUGGAGAGAGGAUCAAUACAAAGGAGCAUGGCACUGUAAACGAAAAGCACAUGGAGUGAGCGCAAAACAAGAUAUGAGAGCAGUGCUGGGAAAUGCGCCACGUGUGGGGAGGGAGGGAGGAAUUUGUGACAGAAAUGAUCAUCUGUCAUCUUUGUACAUUAAUACAUCUGCUUAGUCAUUCUACUGUGAACCAGAUUGCUUCUUGGCUGAUGUGCGUAGUGCAGCAGGCAUUGGUUAGAGGUUAGAGGUGUCUUUCUAACCUAAAGCACAUUAAGUUUAAUGUUUUUAUACCAGAAUGUUUUUGUUUUGGGAAAGUAAAUAGGAAGUAGGGAUUAUUUUCUUUUUUUGGUCCACCAGGACUACGAAUGAAAAAUUAAUAGCCGUGACAUAAAAUCUGCUUGUCCUGCGUGCCUGGACUAGUGAUUUGUUCCCCCUUAUGUUGGGUGAAGGAGCCUAUUUAUACUGAAGUAGGAACACAUCAAUAGUGUACAUUCACACAAUGUCUUAAGAAAUGGGACAAGAAUUUUUUAAUGCUUCACUCAAUGUUAGCUAAAUAUAAGAGAGGUCCUAGGAGCAAACCUAGGGCUCAGAAAUCCCACUGCCACAAAAUUUAUAUCUGGCCGCAAAAAUAUCAACUGGGUGAAAACAUGAAGUGCAUAGCUCAUUCCUAAACAAAUUAUAAAUAUGCCAGCGUUCCACCACUAAAAUACACUCACGCAGAAUAGAGCUCUCACAUUCCUACACAAAUGAUAAAUGCUGUUGAUGAAAUGGGACAGAACACCUGCUCACUGCUGUUUCCUGUAAGACUUGCAGAAAAGAUUAUCACAUAAUCACACUUUUAUUGCUUGUCAGCAUGGCUCAUUUCUUUGUUUAUGCUGGGUUUUUUGUUGAGUGUGUCAUGUAAUAAUUAUUCUUAAGCUAUGACAAUUAAGCACUGAGAAAGAAUGUACUGUUCAUACUGUUACUGUGAGAGAGAAGUGACAGAGAGAGAGAAAACAGAAAACCCAUCCCCAAAGUGUUUACCCUGGAUCUGUAGCUCAGCGAAAUUUUCUCCAGAAAACUGGUGAUCCAGAGAAAAACGAAGAGGUGCGUUAUCUAAUUAUGAUAGUAGAAUCUGGAACAAGACAAGGUAAUCAGGCGGAGGAGAGAAGGAGAGAUGUGCAGUCAGUGUAACUAAUGAAAAGUUGCAGAGUGUGAAAAGAGAGAGGGAGACAUGCAGGGCUGAGUCUUGAUGUGUCACUCAGGUUACAUAAGCACGGAAGAGUGGGAGCGAGUUAGAGCAAGGGAUUCUAGUCUAUUCUGUGUGUGUGUGUGUGUGUGUGUGUGUGAGAGAGAGAGAGAGCGAUAAGAAGGGAGAUAAAAAGACAUAAUGCAUAAUAGAGCACGAGAAGUAUAAUUCCUGUGUGCGUGUGAUAGAGAAAGGGUUGGCAUGAAAGAGAAUUGUGAUCUCUCGCUUUGUGUGGGUGUUAUACUCUGUGUGUGUGUGUGUGUGUGUGUGUGUGUGUGCGUGUGCGUGUGUGUGUUUGCACACACAUCUGCACGCUGGCUGCUGUUUAGUCCCUCAGAUGUGAUGCCAUCUGCAGAUCCACUUUACAUACACAGUUUAAAAGCACUAUAAGUGCGCUAAUGAAGUGUUUAUUACACUUAAACAUAUGUAAUGUUAUAUCUGUAUAGAUGGACUGCAUUAUUUACACCCAGUACCGCCUGAAGUCUUUUUCAUGUUUCAUCAACAAUUUCUUAUAGAGAUAUAGAGAUCAAAGACCGGAUCUGCCAAUAUGAAAAUAUUAUUUAUAUAAUGAUAUAAACUAAUAACUAAAUGACUCAGUGAAUAAAUUAAAUAAAGAAGACCUUUUUAAAAAACCAAUUUAUGUAUAUAUUAUUAAUUUUCAUUUAAUUUAUGUAUUAUUUAUAUUUACUUAAUUCUCUGUGUAUUUUCUCAUUUAUUUAUUAAAUUCAGUAUAUAUAUAUAUAUAUAUAUACACACACACACAUAUAUAUAUGCAUUUUUUUCCUGUAUUUGUUUCUUUCUUUGUUUCUUUUCAUUCAUUCACCUUCAGAAACCAUGAGUAGGGAAUUUACCCUCGAUGGGACGCCAGCCAAUCACUGUUCAUUUAUUUAUCUAUUUUCUGUAAUAAUUUACACAUUUAAUAUUUUGUCCAUCUGUACAUUUAUUUAUUUACUUGUUUGUUUGUAUGUUUAUUUGUCAAUGGUUUACUUGUUUAAUUUUUUCCUCUGUGUAUUUCUGUUUGUUUUCUGCAAAUUGUUUGCUUCUUUAUUUUUUUCUCUCUGUUUGUUUGAUUGUUUGUUUACUGCCAUAUAAUAAUGUUUUUCACAGUCAGAUACAGGAAUCAAAACCAGAGAUUACGCAUAAUCUAAAAAGUAGUUUAAAAUGAUACUAUUUACCAAAUUUAUGUAGAACUUAAAAGUACUUAAAUACUAAGUACUAAAUACUAAAGUAUUUAAGUAUUAAAUAUUGGUAUUUAAAUCUUAUAAUGGGUAAUUAUUUUUAUUUUUGUCUGGUUUAGGCUACUUGCUGUGGUGAUUGUUGGCAACGUUUAAUAAAGCGAUAAAAUUAUUUAUAUCGAUCUUAUUCAAAUCGCAUCAUGGUAGAGGUGGGUUUGGUUAAAAUAUGUUGGUGCAGAGCAUCUCAUACAGAGCAUUUGAUUGAAUUUUGGAUAUGGUGAUAUGCAACAUAUGCUUGUGCCAGAAUGGUGAUUUUUAACGUAUAGAAGGUGCUGCAGAUAAAUUACGUGUGAACAUUUUUUGGUUAAGCUUGGGUAAGAACGGUUCGUGGUUAGGAAUGUCUUAUCUAAAAGUAUGUAUCGGAAAGAUUAUUGGAUUGAAUAGAAUUUGUCUGUUGUAGUUUUAGCUACACCGAUCGUAAAUUCAGACCAAGUUCAUCAAGUGCUGGUUAAAUGAACGUGUAAAUGAAGAUAUGUUGCCAAUGGCUUUUAUUUCCAAAUCCAUAGUGCAGCUCAAGCAGCAAUAACUUAUCAUGCAUUGUUUAGUUUUUGAAAUCAGAUUUGUUAUUGUUUUAACAAAAUAUAGCUGGAACACUGUGACACAGAAGGUAGGAAACAAGUACGGAGUUUAAUAGACAUGUGAAGCAAAAUUUUAUAAAUACAGUCCAGGUCAUAACACAGAGGGCAAACCAUCAGGCAGACAAAUCCAAAGGAGUAGACAAAGUCACAAUAAUUUAUAAACCAUAAAUGAAUUUAUUUAGAACAGCUCAGAAAUGCAGUAUAGUAACGAAUGCAAUACACAAUGUGUGACAGAAUGUCUAGGUAUUUUAUAUUGUCUGUAAAUGAGGAAGUGACUGAUCUCAGGUGUGCUAGCUGAACUGGAAGUGUGUUGGAAAUCAGGAAGUGGGGACGUCUGGUGUGGAGUGGUAUUGUCAGGUGAGCCCGUGACUGCAGCUGGCUCUUUAUAUUCAUUUUACUGCAAACUGGAGAAAAUUAGCAACAAUGCAGAUUGGCGUUUUCUUCCCAGAGUCACGCUUGAAUCUACACCUGAUUUAUGAAGGUGAAUAGAGAAAUCAAUGAUUAAACAAGCAAAUACUUAUUCAUGAGAGGAAUGAAUACAUAAUAAAGUACAAGAAGAUACUGAAAUAUAUAUUUAUUUGUAUGUUUUGUAUAUUUUUAUAUUUAUUUACUUAUCUAUUAUUCAGUUGUGAGUAUUAUGUUAAUUAAUUUAUUGAGUCAUUUAUUUCUUUCUUUUCCAUUUUGGUUCUGAUCUGCUAAUUUACAUACCACAGGUGUUUAAGCGAAGCAGGAAAAAUCAACUGUUUUAUGAGCUCUCAUCAAUAUUCACUUGAUAAUUAUCAGGUUCUUUUAAAUUCACUGCUGAUCAUGGUGAAAUAAGCAGGGCUUUGACUAGUCCUUUUCCUUCACUCUAAUCUUAUUCCUGAAUUGACCUGCCUAUCAGAUAUCCUCAAUGCAUUCAGGAAGUCACGCUGAGCUCUGUGUAUCCUCCUGAACACAUAGUGCUACUUAGUUUUCAGACACUACUAUUACAGAACAAAGCCUUUCUUCUCUAUGAGCACAGUACAGGCAAAUGCAAACAGUCCAGCUGUGUGCACCGCACAACUGGAGGCUCCAUUUGUGGCUUUUUAUAUGGCCAAAGAGAUGUAGGAUGAAAGAAUAAUAACGCUGACUUGUGCACACACACACACACACACACACACACUCACAUUUGAUUACAGUCCUGCUCGCUCUUUCUUCUCAUACUGAUGCAGUCUGAGUGCUCAUCCUACAAUUUAUAUGCUCUUUUUACACUAAGGCAGGAAUGUGAGAAUCUUUUGCCAGAGGUGUUUCUAGGAUUUGAAGAUGAUCAGGGAAUCCGGAGGCAUUCUAACCCAGUUGAGUAACUACACAAAAUGUUAAUAUUUUUCUGUAGUAUAACGUUUAAAAUCAGAAUUCAUUUAUGUUUUUUUUUAAUCCCAGUUGUACUGUCAAUGUUUUUUCCUGUUUCUACAUCCAUCCUCUUUGGCCUUGUUGCUUAGCUUAUUGAUUUGCGCUCUCAGUGUUCUCAAACGUUAAGGUGGACCAUUUCAUUUAGCACACUGGAUUAUUUUGGAUAAUUUUGGAGCUGAAACAUUGGUUAACAUUAAUAUUAUAACUAGCAGUGCCACAUAUAUUAAACUGAGUUAGUCUAAAAAAUGUGCAUCAAAUACGAGUAUACUUAGCAAAUAUCAAUAUACAUCUCUAAAGUUGGCUUGGGUUAUAGUUGGAUCUUAAUCAAAUCAGUUGCCAGAAGUAAUAUUCGAUAGCUAAUUAGAUGAGACUCAGUCAGAUGCUCAUACGCUGUUAGACUUCAUUUAGAAAUGACUGACUGUCAGUUAUUCUUAUUACUACCUUUUCUUCUGUUUUGCAAAUCUACAUAGUUUCAUUAUUUGUUUAUUAUUUACUUGGCUGAUAUAUGCCACAUUAUGCACUAAUAUAGACUGUUACACCUUGCAUUAGAGGUGUACAUGAAA